AUGGGCGAGUCCGCCAUCACGGUGGAGACGUAUCAUCAUGUCUGGGUCAAUUACGGGUUUGGCUUGGCUGCUAUCGUGAUUGUCUUCUACGACUGGUUGAUCACCCUCCCGGACGAGAUCGCCCACGUCUGGUUCGGAAAACGCAACGCCGCAACAUGCCUGUAUCUUGCUGCGCGCUACAGCGGUAUCAUCACCUAUGGGCUUUCGGCAUAUCCGCUCCUUGCACCCAACAUCUCGAUCUCAACCUGUAAUGCUCUACGAGACUUCCACGUCUACGCCUCGCUGGCCAUACAGGCCUUGACUGCAGCCGUUUUCAUCCUGCGUGUAUACGCCCUGUACAAUAGUCGCAACUUGGUCAUCGGCCUAGUCACCUUCUGCGUCUCUGUCCUCAUCAUUGCCAUUCUCUUGAUUGUAUUGCCUAAACAUCAUGACCUAGUGUACCCUACCGCGCUACCGGGGUGUAACCCUCUUGAGACGCAUGCAGAAGCCGUCCGCUUCGCCAUCAUUUGGAGCUGUGUAUCUGUAUUCGACCUCGUGGUUGUGGGCCUCACGGCAAGAAAGGGGUGGCGCGCGUACAGCCAUAGUCUGAGUAGACUAUGGUAUGUCUUCAUGCGUGACGGUUUUGUGUACUUCACGGUCCUCUUCAUCGCGAACACUGGCAACAUCGUCACAUUCCUCGUCGCGCCUCCUGUGCUGAAAGGCGUAAACGGCGUCCUUACUACCGCUCUCGAGGCGACCUUGGUCUCACGACUGAUCCUGAACCUCCGAGUCUAUGACGCCGAACGCCGGAGCGAGCUUGAACAGGCCGCAUCAGGCGAAGCGACCGAACUCCGCGUCGUCGUGCACACUACGACUGCCACGCAUGGGGACUCUCAAACCCGCGGGAGACGGUACGAGCUUGAUAGCGCUCAUACGAUGGACGACCAUGACGGACGCAGCUAUACCGAGAUGGAGAUUGAGGAGGUCAAGGCGGAGUGGAAGAGGGACAGGGUGCGUGGGACCGCGGUCUAA